AUGAAUCGCCAAAGGCCACAUCACGGGCGCGGCGGCUCCCGCCCCUCCCAUCCCCACGUGCCCCCUUCAAGAUCUAUCAACCCUGGCACAGCCGUCAAAAUCGUCCUCAAGGCCGACCAGCCCACAGGGCGCACAGUGUCAGGCACAGUCGGCGAAGUGCUUACGCGCGGAGACCAUCCACGCGGCGUCAAAGUGCGUUUGACUGAUGGGCGCGUCGGAAGAGUGCAGAGUCUACGGAGCAGCGACGAGCCAUCACAGAAGGAAGUUGGCGAAAGGGGAGGAAGCAUUGGAGAUGGUGGAGGUAUGCAACUACGAGCAGAAGGAGGCGAUUGGAGUGGAAGACUCAAUCGCUUUGCCGCGCGCGAUAUGCGUCUUGAUGGCCCGGAAGAGCCUUCUUCAGAACCCCUUGGGCUAGAUAUGUAUAUCCGCCCUGCAAAAGGAAAGAAGCGCGGUGAAAAGACUCAUUCCCGUCAGAAUGGGGACAAGACGGAUGAGGGUAUUAUAAGCACAGCCGCUGCCGGGCAAAUGAAAGCAGCAUCCGUGUCAUGUCCUGUGUGCGCCACAUUCGAGGGCGAUGAAGCUGCGGUGGCGCAUCAUGUUGCAGGGCAUUUCGAAGAGUGA